AUGCACUCUGAUCUCCAGCACAUGAGGGAAAUUGCUCUCGUUUAUCUCGACAGAAGUGGUGGCCUCCAGAAAUUCGUGCAGGACUGCAGAAAGUAUAAUGACUCCAGGCAAGCUUAUGCUGUUUAUCGUUUCACCAUCUCAAUCAGUCCCUCUGAUAUUGCCGAAUUAGAUGCAGCCUUUGGGAACUACAUCCUUCACCAGCCCAUCCAAGCUGCAAAGGUUUUCCAGUCAGUCUGUUUCAUAGCCAUUAAGACAUUAUCAUUAAUUGAACAACUGCAGACAGAGGCCCAGAUCAGCAUCCUGCUGAAACCAACACACUUGCCACCUUUCCCAAGCUACCUGCUGAGCCUGUCUGUAUUUCCCCUCAAUUACACAUCUCAGAGAUUUUACAUGUCUGAAGGAAUAGCCAUUGCAAUGGGAACUGUAACAAAAUACACCCAGGGAGCAAGAUUCCUUUGUUCUGAGGAAACCUGCCCACUUUCUGAAGGGUUUAGGUACAUAAGAGUGCACCUGCCUGGAGCUACAGAGUCUGCCACAGUGAGGAGUGAUUUUGUGUGCAGUUUGUGUUCUUCACCCCUGCAGGAAGACAUGAAAUUUAGAGUCCUUGGUGAUAAACAAAUAGUUGAGAUGAUUGAUGCCAAAGUUCUUCAUGCUCUGAAGGGAUAUUGCAGUGAUCAGUCACACAUUAGGAUGCAGACAUUCACAGUUUUCUUGAGAGAUGAGCUGACCAACCAGAUGACCAUAGGAAACCAGUACAAGAUCAUUGGAAUCCCAGCUUGUGUGCAGAAUGGCUUGCAGGGGACAGCAUGCAUAGAAGUCAACAGUGUACAGCUCUCUAGGCCAGGGGGUCCUUCUUUUGUCAGUGAGAGUUUUAAGCAUCUGCUCUGGCUGACUUCAGGUUCCUGCUGGAGCUUUUCUGCUGUUCUUGCCAGUAUCUUUGCCUCUCAAGUUGUUCCACCAGGCACUUACAACACUUUGAAGCUUGCCAUACUGCUGAGCCUAGUGCAGACAUGUGAAAAAGACAGUGCAGACUACCUGGACCUGUUGGUUGUGACAGGUGACACACUGGUCAUUGACAGGCUCCUGAAUUACAGCCUCUGCCUCCUGCCUCGUGGCAUACGGCACCCACCAGCCAGUGACAUCUUUCCUUCCGUGUCCAAAGACAAGCAUGGGACUGGAGGUGCCAGCAUCCAGGCCAACAGUGCUGUGCUGGCUCAGGGUGGUGUCUGUUACAUAGGAGACCUGGCCUCACACAGAAAGGACAAACUGGAACUCCUGCAGGCUGUGCUAGAGAGCAGAAGCACAACAGUGUUCAUUCCUGGGAAGAAGUAUGGAGAAGAGGCUGACCAGCAAGUUACUAUCUCAGUUCAGACCAGUUUUUGGUCUUAUGUGGAUGUGGAUUCUUCCCCAAAGAAACACCCUCCAAAGGAUAACUUGUUCCUUGGACAGAUGGACAUGAGUUUGGUUCCAUCUAACCUUGUAGAUGUUUUUGGGCUCUUGCUCUACGAUGAGUUUCCCAUGUGUCAAGUGGCUGCUGCCCUUGUGCACCAUACUCUGAAGAGAGCCAUGAAUCCUGAAGCCUUGCUGUACAAAGUCUCACAGCAGUUCAGAACACAGGACUACGAGGAGUUUAUUUUGUUUGCUAAGAAUCUUCACGUGGAACUGAGUGCAGAAGCAGAAAGACUCAUUCAGGGCUAUUACCUCGCCAGCCGCAGAGUGAGGAGAGACUCUGUCCAUGGAGCCACCUUAUCAGCACCUGCACUGAGAACUCUGAUGUCACUGGCUAAGGCUCACACUAAGCUCAGUCUGAGAAGGAAGGUUCUUCAGGAAGAUGCAGUGAUUGCCAUCUUGUUACUGGAGUCAUCUCUUACCCUCAAACACGGCAAGUCUGCACUGUGCAUAGCUCCAAAUCCUGUCUUUCCCUGUGACCUCAGUGAUGAGAGCUCCUUGCAGCAGAGGGACACGUACCUCAUGCAGUGCCACCACCAGCUGCACCAGUUCAUUGCUGCCUAUGGCCCAGGGAUUCACAUCAGCGCUCCUGAGGAGUGACAGCUCCAUGCUGGGAGCAAAGCCUCAGGCAUCAGCUCUGGGAGGCUGCAGUUCCUCAUUGUGUACUUCUGGAGUCCUUAGGAUUUUUAAGGCUGUUCAGAGCAGUUUUUAUUAAGGAGCAAAGCAAAGCUGACAGGACUUAGCUAAAAGUUCCAUGACAGUGCUGUCUGAAGUGAGGGAGGCAGCUUCAGACCAGUCACAGCUUGAACCCACAACUCUUCUGGCUCCCACUGCUCAUCCACAGUGCAGAGAGGAGCAAAGCAGGGUUUUUAGUAAGACUACAACUACCAAUUAACCCAGGAUUUGAGACUCUAAUGUUUUCUUUCAACUACUUGAAUGCUGCAGUUGCCACUGCUGCUUCUUUUCAAAUGCAUCACUCUGAGGGGUGUGUAGUUCUAAGCAGAUUUUAGCUGUUGUGCUGGUGGGAGGCAGCUUUCAGAAAGUACUCAUACUCUCCAAGUUUGGAUCUGGAGCCAAGGAUCACCACUACUUCAUGUUCUCUUAGUUUUAUCACAACAAUACAGUGCUAAAUGCCAGUGUGCUGCAAUCUGGAAAGCCCCACGAUUUCCACAUGACUUCUGCAGGCCCCAGGGGAUAGCAACCCCACAGGAAAGGGAAAAAGAGUUAAUAUUUGACAAUCUGGCAGGCAGAAAUCCAAGAUUUUAUUCAUGUCCACACUGCCUGGGUCAAUAGAAAAGCUGCCACCAGCAGCACUGUAAGCACUCUUUUAGACAAGGUAAAUGUUUUAAUCCUGAGUUACUCAGUGUGGGUCAAUCGAUUUGGUAGAUUUAAACAUUCACACUAAGUUCUAGGAGGGUCCACACUGCCACUGCUCUUGCUAGAGCAGCACUCACCUGAACCU